GUUUGUAGGGAAAGUUGAUCCGAGGAGCCGGGCGGUGGCUGGGACAGCCCGACCUGAUUUUUCCACUGCUCUCCUUGUGGCCUGGUUACCCAACCUUUUCCUUUCUGGUUCCCUCGACCCCAUUCCCUUCUAAGGCUUCCCCCUGAACUAGCUCAAGAAGGAGAGAGGUUCUUCAUUCCUAUUUGUGAUCGACGGAGGGACUCAGAAGGCAGCCAGGACCUGGCUUGACAAUGCCCUGAUGGAAAGGAAGACGCUGACAGAGGCAAAAAUCUGCUAACUCAGGGGGCAGACCAAACCAGGGCUGCGAGCAGGCCUGGGGAAUGAGCCCCUGAUCUCCAAAAGGUGUCUUCCACAGUUGUGCAGCCAACUAAAGCUGUCUCUGCCACCCAUGGCUCUUGGCCCGGGCUCUGUCCCUGCCUAGUGUCACCUGCCUUGUGGCACAUGGGUCCUCUGUCUCCUGUCAGGACCAUGAGGCUCUGGAGGCCUCGGAGCCUGGGGGUGGCUCUGGGAGUCUUCAUGACCAUUGGAUUUGGCCUCCAGCUCUUAGGGGGACCAUUCCAGAGGAGGUUACCGGGGCUGCAGCUCCGACAGUCCUGGAUCCCUUCACUGGGACCAACUGUUAAGUCUUGCCUACCCCGACAGCGGCUUGUGUUUUUGAAGACACACAAAUCUGGGAGCAGUUCUGUGCUCAAUCUGCUUCAUCGCUAUGGGGACCAGCAGGGGCUACGCUUUGCCCUGCCUGCCCACUACCAGUUUGGCUACCCAAAGCUUUUCCAGGCCUCUAAGGUCAAAGGUUACCAUCCCCAGAGUUCAGACACCAAGAAGCCUUUCCAUAUCCUCUGUCACCACAUGAGAUUCAACCUGAAAGAGGUACUUCAGGUCAUGCCUUCUGACAGCUUCUUCUUUUCCAUUGUCCGAGAUCCAGCGGCUUUAGCACGCUCUGCCUUCUCCUACUAUAAGUCAACCUCAUCAGCCUUCCGAAAGGCACCUUCUUUGGCUGCCUUCCUGUCCAAUCCUCGAGCCUUCUACAGACCCGGGGGCCGUGGCAACCACUAUGCCCGCAACUUACUAUGGUUCGACUUUGGGUUGCCCUUCCCCCCAGAGACGAGAGUGAGUCCUCAUCUACCCAGGGACCCCAGCCCCCUCCAGCUGCGUAUUAUACCUUCUGCCGCUGGCCCUGGAACUCUCUUCCAGCCUGUGACCACAGCUGCUAAUAGUCACCAACAUCCAGCUGGCUUUGCCUCUUCAGAUUUCCGGCCCUCAUCUUUUAUCCAGUGGGGUCUGGCCUGGCUGGAUUCUGUCUUUGACUUGGUCAUGGUGGCUGAGUACUUUGACGAGUCAUUGGUUCUGUUGGCAGAUGCCCUGUGCUGGGGUUUGGAUGACGUGGUGGGCUUCAUGCACAAUGCCCAGGCUGCAGGUGAGCAGAGGCUCGGGGCUGCCAACAAGAGUGUGUUGAAUGGUGAAGAUCAGCAGCUGACUGCACGGGCCCGAGCUUGGAAUAACCUAGACUGGGCUCUUUAUACUCACUUCAACCGUAGUCUGUGGGCGCGGAUAGAGCAAUAUGGCCGCAGCCGGCUGCAACGUGCUGUGGCUGAGCUCCGGGCUCGAAGAGAAGCUCUGGCUAAACGUUGCCUGAUGGGAGGUGAGGCUUUAGACCCCAAAUACAUCACCGAUGUAAAGCUCCGUCCUUUCCAGUUCGGUUCAGCUAAAGUUUUGGGCUACGUACUUCAGAGCGGACUGAGCCCGAAAGACCAAGAGGAAUGUGAACGCUUGGCUACCCCUGAGCUGCAGUACAAGGACAAACUCGAUGCCAAGCAGUUUCCCCCUACAGUCUCCCUGCCUCUCAAGACCUCAGGGCUACUGCCCCCAUAGGUAUGGGAUGACAGAUGAGGACACACGACGCAUCUUCCCUUCCUUUGGAAGGAACAGAAAGUUUGCUCUAAGGUGAGACUUGAGCUGCCUGGCUUUUCUGUAGGAAUUCCAGCAACAGCUGCCUCCCACCCCCAGCUGCCCACUUUGUCUCUUCAAGCCCCAAGACAGGUUUAUGUAGCACUUCCCCCAAAGCCCCCCGGAGGGGCAAAAGAAGAGUGAGCCAGAGAAAGUUGGGGCAUGAUACAUCCAGUUCUCUAUGAAAUAUUUGUUAUGGAGCUGUGUUGAUUUCACUGUGAAGAUAUUUGUUGGAUGAAUAAAUGCUAUGAAAAGUUUA